CUGGUUUAUGUGCAAGAGAGCCUGCGCAAACUGACUGUCAUGCCGUGACAAAAGCACUCCAAUCAAUUUAAUUGCUUUUAAUGUUUAUUAGUCCAUAUCUAGCCACUUGUACAACAUGAAAUCGGUUUGUUCCAUUUUGCUGGCGUUAAGUUCUUUGUACUGCAUCUCGGCCGGUGACAAAGUCACUCCUAUAGUCCUCUGGCAUGGAAUGGGCGACAGCUGCUGCUUUCCCUUCAGCUUGGGCUCCAUCAGCGACAAAUUGAACGAGACCCUGGGAGCUUACGUGUACUCCAUAGAAAUAGGCCCGAACGUGGUGGAAGACGUAGAAAACGGCUUCUUCAAGCACCCCGACAAGCAAAUAGAAAUUGCCUGCAACAAACUAUCCGUAGAGCCGGCCCUGGCUGGAGGAUUCAACGCCAUCGGAUUCUCACAAGGAGCCCAAUUCUUGCGAGGUUUAAUACAGAGAUGUACUAAAGUCAAAGUAAAGAAUCUAAUAUCACUAGGAGGUCAACACCAAGGGGUGUACGGCCUGCCGAGAUGCGACGGAAUAUCGAGCUCCCUGUGCGAUUUCAUGAGGAAAUUGCUCAACCACGCCGCUUAUACAGAGGUGGCUCAAAAAAUCCUGGCGCAAGCGACCUAUUGGCACGACCCUCUGGACGAGGAAGCCUACAGAAACGGCAGCACCUUCUUGGCUGAUAUCAACAACGAGAGAACGAUUAAUAAGGAUUACGUGACGAGGCUGCAAUCGCUGGAGAAUUUCGUUAUGGUUAAAUUCGAAAAUGACAGCAUGGUGCAACCGGUAGAGUCGGAAUGGUUCGGAUUUUACAAGCCCGGGCAAGCGAAGGAAGUGCAAAGCUUGGAGGAGUCCGAUUUGUACAUUAAUGAUCGGUUGGGUUUGAAGCAAAUGAAGGAGGAAUCCAAACUUCACUUUCUUCAAGUGGAAGGGGACCACUUGAGGUUCUCUUGGUCGUGGUUCGAGGAUAAUAUAGUCGAUAAAUUUUUGAAAAAUUAAUGUGAUAACCAGAUUUAUUUAAAAUUACGAUGUUAACGAUAAGAUAAAUUACAUAAGUAAUUUACUCUUUAAAAUACCAUGUGUGAUUACGAUAAUUCGAAUGAAUGUUGAAUAAAUGGUUCAAUUUUUCGUUAAAAAGAGGUGCGAGUAAUUGGAUUUUGGUCAAAAAUUCGGCCAGAUUUGUCGAUUAAAUUAAUCAAAUUAAUGUUACACGAACGUGCCAGUACACGAUGAAAGAGAUACACCGAUGGAAUUUACAUAUCUUUGCUUGUAGUAGGCAUAAUUCAGUGAAAAGAGCGGAACGCGGAUUCUCAUUCAAUCAUAUUCUCUCUUUCGGAGGCGUUUUGUGUUUUGUGAAAUUUUUCAAUCAGUGUUGUCGUCCAUUAGUUAUAUUAUACACUGCCUGUUUGGCUAAUGCAUCCCCAGUGACAUGUCAUAAUUUUUUACCCAAACUCGCUAUUUAAUUCCAUACAACACACUAGCAUUAAGAAAUUUUGAUUUUUUAUUUUAUUAAAAUUUACUACUUACUUACUCGUACAAAAGUGUAGAAACUUUUCAGAUCAUUAUUUUAAAUACCACAGUUUUAUGAGGGUAGAAAAAUAGUGUGUAUUACUACUCACGUAAAAACAUUUUAUAAUAUUUAUUUUUUGGAUUUUCAUGUUACCCCUUCGUCC